UUCAGUUUCUGGAAGCGCGCGCCCCCCGGAAAUAAACUUUCAUACAGACAGUAAACAAGAUUUAUAUACACGUACACACGUACACACACAUACACACACUCACAUUCACUCACACUCACUCACACUCACUAUUCCAGCUGCUGCUCCAGCCAAACACGGGAGUUUCUUUUGGCUGAAUGACUCAGUGUGACGAAGAGUGAGCAACACUAAAGCAGGACACUGACUGUGAAACACAGCGAGACACACAGCGAGUGUGAGAUGGAGGAAGCGUACACGGCUUUGUAUCAGGAGUUUCUCCGUCUGCAGUUACUGUGUCUAAAACAGGCUGAAAUGUUGCAACACCUCACCGAGGCACUGAGAAGGCAACAAGGUGUGGCUCCUGUCUUUAAUGGGGAUUUUGAAGACUUGUAUUCUGAGCCGGUUCAGUACAGACGUGACGGAUUGGGGACGUUCACCCGCGCAGAGGACCGAGCGCAUGCAGCUCACACACACAAACAAGUGGCUCACACACACACCCCUGCUGCUCAAACACCCCCCCCUGCUUUACUCCCCGCAGGUAUUACAGGAGAUUCUGUAGUUUCCCCACUUGCUGGAGCUUUGAACAGACUGUACCUGGAGCCUGUGCAGGAGAAGGUGGAGGUUGAUAGAGCGGCAGCAGCGUCAGGACAGUGUGAGACAGAGGAACGCAGUAUUCUGGAUGAGUUACGACAGGUUCAGCAGCGCUGGUACAGCAGCCAAACACCUAAACAACAACAACAACAACGGCGGCCGUGGUCAUCGUCGUUCCUGACCAGCGAGAUGCUGAGCGAGGCGGGCGGGAUGCUGAUGUCUCGCAUCACGCUGCACUCUCAGGUUUGCGAGUUCUGCCACGCCGUGUUUCCUGGACACACCACCACCAGGGGAGAUUUCCUCCGCCAUCUCACCACACACAUCUCCUGACACUUUACACUUGUCUAAGGUAGACGCUAGCAGGUCAUACAGUGCGUCGUAGGUGAGACUGUUACGUUUAAACACAGUUCAUGUUAAAGGUUUUUAUGCUGCAUGAGUCAUUGAAAUCAUUUUACUACAAGCAUUAUGUUUAUUAAGGCCUCUGUUACUUUUAAAAGAACAAAUGUGUCUAAUUAAUCAAAUGUAAAAUGCUAAAUACCAAAAAAGCUUAUCUCUUUAGCUUAAACAGUUUUUGCCAAUUUGAGUUGUAUGAUAUUAAAUCAUAAUUUAUGUGUAGAUUUACUUUAUCACAUGGAGAAAUAAUACUAUCUUAUACUUAUACUGAACCAGUGUACUAAGCAUAGUACAAUUUCUUUCUGCAUUAAACCAGCACUGAGACUACUGUA